AGGGAGCGGGGGGGGGGGGGCCCGGGUCCGGCGGAGCUUGAGCGCCGCCAUGAAGGACUCCCUGGUGCUCCUGGCCCGCGUGCCGGCCCACCCCGACUCCCGCUGCUGGUUUCUGGCCUGGAACCCUGCCGGGACCCUGCUGGCCUCGUGCGGCGGUGACCGCAGCAUUCGCAUCUGGGGCAAGGAGGGUGAUGGCUGGGUGUGUAAGUCAGUUCUGGCCGAGGGUCACCAGCGCACUGUGAGGAAGGUGGCCUGGUCCCCUUGUGGGAACUACCUGGCAUCUGCAAGUUUUGAUGCUACCACCUGUAUUUGGAAGAAGAACAAGGAUGACUUUGAGUGUGUAACCACCCUUGAAGGACAUGAAAAUGAAGUAAAGUCAGUAGCUUGGGCCCCAUCUGGUAGCCUUUUGGCUACCUGCAGCCGGGACAAGAGUGUCUGGGUCUGGGAAGUUGAUGAAGAGGAUGAAUAUGAAUGUGUCAGUGUUUUGAAUUCACAUACACAGGAUGUUAAACAUGUGAUAUGGCACCCUAACCAAGAGCUGUUGGCAUCAGCCAGCUAUGAUGACACAGUAAAGCUAUACCGGGAAGAAGAGGAUGAUUGGGUAUGCUUUGCUACCCUGGAAGGCCAUGAGUCCACAGUGUGGAGCUUGUCCUUUGACCCCAGUGGCCAGCGCCUGGCGUCCUGCAGUGAUGACCGAACCGUGCGCAUUUGGCGCCAGUACCUACCAGGCAAUGAGCAAGGAGUGGCCUGCAGUGGCUCUGACCCUACAUGGAAGUGUAUCUGCACCUUAUCUGGCUUCCAUUCUAGAACUGUUUAUGAUGUCUCUUGGUGUCACCUGACAGGGGCUCUGGCCACAGCUUGUGGUGAUGAUGCCAUUCGAGUAUUUGAAGAAGAUCCCAGCUCAGACCCUCAGCAGCCAUCUUUUUCCCUAACAGCUCACCUACCCCAGGCCCAUUCUCAGGAUGUGAACUGUGUAGCUUGGAACCCCAAGGAGCCAGGACUGCUGGCUUCUUGCAGUGAUGAUGGUGAGAUGGCUUUCUGGAAAUACCAACAACCGGAAAGUCUCUAAGGCCUUUUACCCACACAUAUCCCCUGAACCUUUCAGCAGAGGGAUAAUACUGAUUUUCCCCAGAGGGGGGAAAAAAUCACGAGUCAGUUUUCUCAGUCUAUGUAAAAAGCCUGAAGGAACACAGUGCUAGCUUCACUCUCUUCAUGUCUGAACUUAAUCCCCUAUUCAUUUGUUAGAAGCUGGUUGAAAGAGCCCAGCUCUAGGAUCACUAAUAAUUUUUCCAUCCUUUUGACUUGGGCCUCUAGUUCAGUUGUGUAAAAUAAAUGUUUUAAAAAUCUUA